AUGAAGGCAAUCACUGGCUUCUUCUCUCUGGCCUUGGCCACUGUGGCCGCGGCUCAAAUUGAGCCAUCAGGGGUAACAAGACCAAUUGUUCAAGACUGUGGGUUCAAUGGUACUGUAGUCUGUGUCAGCAAAUAUGCCGCCGUAUUGCCUUACCACUUUAACCGGUCUAUCUCCAACAACAAUGCCGACUACGACUUCCGAAACACAAGCGUGGGAAAUGCUUCGACGUUUGACCUCCUUGGCGGCGCAGAUUUCGUUGUCUUUGACCAAGAGCGUGGCUUGCAGUACCUAGGAUCGAAUCCAAGCUAUCAGUUCAUGUUUGCAGUCUCUAGUGCUGUGCAUGAAGCCCCCGUCUAUGCUCCCGAACAGAAUCUUUUGUUCAUCUCUCAAUUGGCUCCUCCUCCCGGCUAUCUGCCACAGCUCGUCGUGAACUUGAAUGACGAUCCUCCAACGUUGAGCGAGUACCUACCAGAUCCACCGAUCUAUGCCCCGAAUGGCGGCACCUUCCGCGAUGGUCUUAUCGUUUUUGGUGCGAGCGGAGGAAAUGAUAGUAUCGGCGGAGGAGAGCAGAGAGCCUCCCUUCGAACGGUGGACCCUGCCACGAAUGCCUCCACUGUGCUCUUGAAUAACUACUUUGGAUUCUACUUCAACACGAUAGAUGACUUGGCUGUCCAUCCGGUCACGAGGGAUAUCUUCUUUACCGAUCCCCAGUACAGUUGGUUCAAUGCCUUGACAGACACCGCCCCGCAGUUACCGACUGCCAGUUAUCGGUUCAAUCCAAGCACGGGGGCCACGUUCCUCGUCGAUGAUACCUUGGAGCAACCCAACGGCAUCGCAUUCUCUCCAGACGGCGAAACACUGUACAUCUCCGACACAGGCGCCGUGUCGGGAACCAUCGAUGGUCGGCUCGGCAGCCACGGUACUACCUUUAACACCACAGGGAAACGUAAUAUCUAUGCUUGGGAUGUGUCAAACAACGGCACCCGAUUCACCAAUAAGCGUGCCUUUUAUCUUGCACAGGACUGGGUGCCAGAUGGAUUGAAGGUGUCGCAAGAGGGGCUUGUGCUCACCGGGUCGGGCCACGGUGUCGAUAUCCUAGACGACGUCGGCCAGCUUCUCAUCCGAAUUCAGACAAACUACACGGUCCAGAAUUUCGCCUGGACGGGAGAAAAUCUUACCACCUUGUGGCUCAUGGGAAACAAUGGCAUCAGCAAGGUUGAGUGGAACAUCACGGGACAGAGACUGGACUAA